AUGAACUCGCCAAUGGAUACUUUACUCUCGAGCGAGCUUUCUGCCGACACGUUAGCGGCAUUACAAGCACAUUUUCAGACCCAACAAGUCCAGGAGAAUGCAGGUGUAUCCGAAGACUUUCGUCUCUCUCAAUUCUGGUACGAUUCUCAAACUGGUCGUGCGUUAGCGCAAGAAGCUAUUGAUCAGAGCAAAGAGGAUAAGCGUAUUGCUUUUGUCAGUACACCAGCAGCAUAUCGAGACUUUCUCAAGAUUCAAGAAGAAUGUGAAUCGUCCAUUCAUAGUGAUAAUGUAUACUUGUUCGAGUAUGACCGUCGCUUCGAUGAAAAGUACAGUGGACACUUUGUAUUCUAUGACUACAAUGAGCCUACGAAUCUACCAAAGAGGUUUUAUCGAUAUUUUGACUAUGUCUUGGUAGAUCCACCUUACUUGAAUACCAACUGCAUGAGCAAGUUUGCUGAGACUAUACGCUGGUUGGUAAAAGACCUAGAAAUUAUUCCAGGAAAGAAGGACAAGAUACUUACUCCAUGCACCUUUAUUACUGCACGUAUGCUCCGCAAAGAGAUUUACGCCGAGCUAGGCUUUACACCUUCAGGCUUUACACCAACAUUUGAAUCCAAAUUGUCGAAUCAAUUCCUGACGUACACCAACUAUUCCUCGGACCGUUUUGGUGAGAGCAAUGAGGAAUUUGAAGACUCUGACGACAAGAAGUAA